AUUACGUCCUGACUGAUUAGUUAUCGCUAGAAAAAUGUAUACAUAAAUAUGUUUCACGGAGUGCAGAAUGAAGUUGCACCGUUGGGGAUUUUGCCCCGCAUUAAACAUACCUCAGGAUAAUUCAUUUGCACAAUGGCUGCUUCAAGGAAAGUGGGAUCUUUGCGCCUGCCUCCGCUGCCCACUGUAGGUGAGCUGAUAAAGCUGUACAACCUGCGAGCAGAGAAGCAGCUUUCCCAGAACUUUCUGCUGGACUUAAAGCUCACAGACAAGAUAGUUCGCCAGGCUGGCAGUUUGACGGGUGCUCGUGUCUGCGAAGUGGGUCCAGGUCCUGGUGGUCUCACCCGCUCCAUUCUUAAUGCAGAAGCGGCAGAUGUGCUAGUUGUGGAGAAAGAUUCACGCUUCAUCCCUGGACUGAAGCUGCUGUCUGAGGCAUCACCAGGCCGGUUGAGGAUUGUUCAUGGAGACAUUCUCACCUACAGGAUGGAUCGAGGAUUCCCAGCAGCUAUCUCAAAGCCUUGGGAGGAAGACCCACCAAACCUUCACAUCAUUGGGAACUUACCAUUCAGUGUCUCGACCCCACUCAUCAUCAAGUGGCUGGAAAAUAUAGCGGACAGGACGGGGCCGUUCACCUUCGGACGCACCCGACUCACCCUCACGUUCCAAAAGGAGGUGGCAGAGAGGUUGACAGCCAGCACCGGCAGCAAUCAGAGAAGUCGUCUGUCCAUCAUGGCUCAGUAUCUCUGCACCGUCAAAAAGUGCUUCAUCAUCCCUGGGCGAGCGUUUGUUCCCAAGCCAGAGGUGGACGUGGGAGUAGUUCACUUCACCCCUCUGGUCAAGCCUCAGAUUCAACAGUCCUUCAAGCUGGUGGAGAAAGUAGUCAGGAAUGUUUUCCAGUUCCGUCGGAAGCACUGCCAUAAAGGAAUCGGAAUGUUGUUUCCGGAGGCGUCCCGCUUGGAGCUGACGCAGGAGAUGAUGCAGAGGGCAGACGUGGACCCCAUUCUGCGCCCCACCGAGCUCACCAUACCCCACAUAAGGGCCUUAUCGGACGCCUACGCUCACCUCUGCACCAACGACCCCAGCCUCUUUAGCUACAACUUCAGAGAAGAACUCAGACUGAAGCACCUGGGGAGGAAUCACCACACUUCAGUGGACGUGUUUAAGGAGAUGCCGAGUGCUCCACAACCAUGCUGAAAACAAGCAUGGAAACCAAAAGGAGCCCACUAAUAGCCUCUGUUAGCACAGAAAGACAACACAUUGCUCUUAGCCUUGACAUUUCCACCUGGCACAGACAUGCAUUUUUAAACAUUCUCUUUGCACCCUGGGAGAAAUAAGUCACUCGAAACACAUGAAUGGUGUAUGAGCGGUGCUUGCCUUCCAUGCGUUUUUGGGAAGGGGAAAGAAAGCAGCUAGUUGCCCAUAGCAGCUCCUGGCGAGUAAGUAUCUCUUUAUGUCCCAUUUCUUUUUUCAUUUCUAUCUAACACCUUGUCCUGCGGGAGCUGAAAGAAAUGUCAGUGCUUUCAGGGUGAUUUAGAGAACGGGAACAUGGCAGCUCCACAUCCAGGACAAUUUUUUUUCAUUCAAGUGUGUAUUGCUCCGUCACUUGGGAGACGGAGCUUAAAGGGCUGCUGAAAUUGCUGCAAAUUUGUCAGCUCAAAUAAGAAACCAGGCAAAAUAAGGAUCAGAACUCAUAGUAAAAUAAUUUUUAACCAUCUUUUUUCUUUUAUUACAUUCUCUCAAUAAAUAUUUUAUUGAUUAUGUAAGCCGUUGUUUGUAUGUAUGCCAAAGCUACAAGUAAAUGAGCCAACGUUGUGAAAUAUUACCAGUUUUGUUUUAUCAAAUUAAAACACUUUGUAAGCAAACUGAAUGUUGUGAAUAAACUUGAAGCUGUAGUUAUUCAAAUGUUA